AUGUGUUAUUUCAAUUACUCCAAAAAGGACAUCAGAUCCUUGUCGUUCUUUUACAAGAUCUGUAACAUUUUCGGUAUCGUCCCCCCGUACAGUUUCGAGAAACCUGACUCGCAAAAAUCCCUCUGGAAAAAAAUCCAAGGUGUUGUCCUGGUGUCAAUCAUCGCAGCAGGGACCGCAUAUUCGAUUUACGUCCGGCAUACAUACUACCGAAGAUUGUACACCAUAACCCACUUAGUGCUAGACUAUCUGGACGAAUUUCUAAUCGUCGCUUUGGCCUUUCAAGUGAUUCUGAACUCGUGUUUUUGCGAUCCGGCCAAAUGGAUCCGCUUGAACAACAAUCUCCAGUACAUAGACGAAGUUUUGAAAAACCGCGAUUCGCACGAAACGAAUUUGUUACGAAACGUCUCGGUCCAGUUUUUCGUCUAUGUGAUUUUGUACAUUUUAGCGACGGUGUUUCUAGCUUAUGUGUGGAUUUGCGAAAUGGGCGUUGUGACCCUGCAAGCGUACACUCUGCACUUAUUUUGUGUUUUGUACGUGGUUUUGUUGCAUUUUCUCACCUACAACCUGUCGCUGGGAAUUAAAUUGAGAUACGAUGAUGUGAACAAUUUGUUCCGAAUUGAGGAGAGUGAGGAGAAAAACAUCAUAGUCUCGUUGAGACAAAUCGGGAGUCUUUCGCAACUUUUGAGCGAGACCGUGGCACUUUUUAACGACGUCUUCGGGACUUGUCUCAUUCUCAUCACCGGGAAAAGUAUAGUCCAGCUUCUGACGUGUCUCAACUUUAUCACGAAUAAUUUAAAAUCGGAAAAUGAGGAGUUCAAAGAAAAAUUACUAGCCGCGAAUUUGUGCCUAGUCAUCUAUACUUUGGUUUCUGUAAGUCUAGUUAUGGUCACUUGUGACGCUUGUACGAUCGCAAGCAAACAAACCAUUUCCUGGUGUUACAAAUUGCAAGAACAGUUUGUUACAAAUUCAGAAGUACGCACAGAAUUGUUCAAACUAGCCCAGCACGUGUCAGCUAACAUCGUCCAUAUUACUGCCGGAAACUACUUCGAAAUAAAUAAAGCCACCCUGUGUGGAAUUUUUGGGACCACAACCACCUAUUUCAUUGUUAUUUUGCAGUUCAAUCAAAGCUCAGCUAAAUAA